AUGGCGAAUUUUCUGCUACAACUCCCUAACGCUCCCAGGAGCUUUGCUCUCUCAGCUUCCUCUAAUGGAUCACCUCCUGGUGUUCCUGCUCAAUCUGGGGGACCCGUGAUAUUGGAGCUUCCCCUCGAACAAAUUCGACGACCCCUGAUGCGAACUAGAGCAAAUGAUCCUCACAAGGUGAAGGAACUCAUGGACAGUAUCAGUGAAAUUGGUCUUCAAGUACCUAUUGACGUGCUUGAGGUUGAUGGAGUAUACUAUGGUUUCUCUGGUUGCCACCGGUACGAGGCUCAUCAACGCCUUGGGCUGCCAACUAUUCGUUGCAAAGUUCGCCGUGGAACUAAAGAGACUUUGAGGCACCAUCUGAGAUGA